CCCGCUGGAGACGUCAUGAGCGUCUUACUGCCCAACAUGGCGGACUUUGAUACCAUUUAUGAGUUAGAAGACGAAGAGGAUGAGCACGUAGUGAGCGACGAACACCUGCCCAGAUACUGUCCGGAGCCCGUGGUUAUGCGAGGGGCCGGACACAUCACCGUGUUUGGACUAAGCAACAGAUUUGACACAGAAUUUCCCUCUGUUCUCACGGGAAAGGUAGCACCAGAAGAAUUCAAAACCAGCAUCAGCAGGGUGAAUGCUUGUUUGAAGAAGAACUUGCCUGUGAAUGUGAAGUGGCUUCUUUGCGGCUGCCUGUGUUGUUGCUGUACAGUCGGCUGUAGUCUAUGGCCAGUUAUCUGCCUCAACAAGAGAACGAGACGAUCUAUUCAGAAGUUGUUAGAGUGGGAAAAUAACCGACUAUACCACAAGCUGGGCCUGCACUGGAAACUCAGUAAAAGAAAAUGUGAAAGCAGUAACAUGAUGGAAUAUGUGAUUCUUAUAGAAUUCUUACCCAAAUAUCCUAUAUUCCGACCGGACUGAGGAGCCUGUUCCCAGACUGGAUGAGUGGCCCUUGAAUCUUAUCCUUAGUGCCUUGUAUAUACAGUAUGUUAGAAUAAGGGUCUGCGCCGGCGUCUCUCGUGACGACGCUGUACAUCUCCCAGUACCUUGUACAUUAGAAUUUGCAACACUGUCACUUUGCUUUAGAGCAGAUUUUGCACAUUUUCCCGACAGAACUAGACAUGUCCCCUUUGUUGCACUCUGACGUGUGUUUUUUGUUACAUGUGAAAAACAAGUGAAACUCUCGAAAAGUGCAUUUACCCCAAAGAGCCGUCAACCUGUAUCCCAUCUAUUAUAUCAGUAAUCCCUUGCAAAGAAUGUGAUGCCUCCACCUUCCGUAACUAUCCUUGCCUUAUGUAUGAUCUUAAAAAAAGAAACAAAAACUCUUCAUUGUAACAGGAGGAGGAAGGCUUUGGGUAAUUCAACAAGUCUGUAGAUUCAGAUGCUGGUUGUUGGGUUUCCUCUCUUUGAAUCAGUUCUUUGCAGGUAGAUGGGACGGUUGAAAUUGCCUAACGUACAGUGUACGUCAUCACCCUGUGUUUCGUCUUUACCCUCUGUACAUGGGAACUAGCUAGUAAAAGAACUUGACCUGUAAAUACCAUGUUAGAAUAAGCUGUACAGUGGUAUACCAUUGUUUACAUAAAGUUACUUAGUUCUUUAGUUUUUUUGCCAAUAUAUUGCUGUACCAUAGUUUUGAUUAAUGAAAGAUGUCUGCAUACCUUUCUAGUUUAUAUGGACCUGUUUACCUUGUAAGCCAUAUAGUGACAAUGUACCUGAUGCCAGAGUUAGGACUGAUUAUUGCACUUGACAGAAGAAAGUCAGGGUUUCAGACCACAGAACAUCCUGAGUUCACCCAGUGACAGCAGCAGUGCAUGUUAUCGUGUGGUUUUUGCCAAUGAAGACGACCUUCAGUGACUCGUCAUCCAUUAAAGCCGGAGAUAGUUUCGAAAAUCCUGAUUGAAACUCUGCACUUCUGCUUUUUUUUCAAUUUAACCCAACUUUGCAUUAACUUUGUAGUUUUGUACUUUUCCCUGUGCUGUGUUUUGGUCCUCCUCAUGUGUUAGGAAGCAUCCACAGUACACGAUGUAUCGAGCAGAUGGUUCCUUUGUUUCAGUCUGGAGUGUUGCUGUUAUUUUCCUGAAUCUUAGUCAAGAGAUUGCUGCAUUUCGUUGUAUUAGAGUGCCUCUGGAAUAGUUGAAGAACCACAGAGAAGUACAGGCUGAAAUCAGUCCUCCUGUACAAAGGAGACUUUAAAUCCUCCUUCCAGUAUUGUCCCUGUUACAAUUCUUGUAAAUGUUUGUCAUGAUGACCUAAUCCCUAUGGAGAGAAAAUAAAUUGUUGAUUUUG